AUGGGGCAGGAUUCAACGGCCAUUACGCAAAGCAGCGGGUACAACAAUGACAAUUGGGCUACUAUCAGCCCGUACAGCCAGAGUCCUUACGAUGGUAGCCCGAUGACUGAGUAUCCAGGUUUUGGGUCCUUUGUUCCUCAAGGUGUCCAUUCAGAGACGAUGUCCAGGAUGCCACCGCAAAGUGGCCAUCAACAUCAUCCUCAGCACCACCAACCGCAGCACCAACUCAUGCAUCAUUCGACGACACCAAUGGGUCACCACCAGCUUCCCAUGCUAAACACAACGUGGCCAAGUCAGCUGACGAAUCCCACCCCAUCGGGAAGCUUCUCAGCUCCUGCGGCGUCCAUUGCUACCGGUCCUCGGAUACCACCUCCCACAGAAACGCCAAAGCUACCUAGUCAAGCAGAAAAGGGUCGAAAGACUUUGACUACCGAACAAAAGAGGGCGAUGUGUCAAUACCACGAAGAGAAUCCCGGCACGAGACAAGCAGAUAUAGGACUGAGGUUUGGCGUAGAACGAAGCACUGUUUCUAAAGUUCUGAGGCAUAAGGAUCAGUAUCUGAGGAGGGAUCAAGAGCCGGACCCUACAGCCGUCAAAAGAGGUGGCAAGGCGAAAAAUCCCGACUUCGACAGAACUCUGAGUAACUACGUUCGCCGACAGCAACAGCGUGGCUUUGAUAUCAAAGACGAGGAGAUCAUGGAACAGGCUCGUUUAUUUGCCCAUGCUAGUGGAAAUCAAGAUGCUAUUCUGGGAAGUCUAACCAGCAGUUGGCUGCAAAAGUUCAAACAGAAGCAUGGUGUUGGAACCUCGAGACUUCUCAGGCGAGCAUCCGAGACGAACAUCCCCGACAGUACGCGUGGAUCUGGUCAAAACAUGACGAAGAACGGUACCACCUCAAAUGAAAUUUCACCCGCUUCGCCAACACAGCCCCUCUCGCCUUUAUCAGGAAGCCGUAGCGACGAAGAGCUUCAGCGAGAGCAUAGUCUCGAUUUCGACUUCGCUUAUAGGCAGCAGCACUCCCAAUCAACAACAUCCCUUGCAAGCGAGGUCAGAGAUAACACUGGCUCGUCCUUUUCUGGUGGCACCCUCAGCCCAACCGGAACUUUCAAUUUCUCGCCGGAUCCAAACGUUGGAGGUUUUCAGCCGUUGGGGAUGCGCGCAGAAAUGCCACCGGACUUCCAUCGCGAGAAGAGAAGUAAUACAUUCCCAUCGAUUGACAUCAACUAUGCAAACCAACAUGGCCCACCAACAGAGCCCAUGACACCACAGCUUCCUCCACCACCGACGGGACCUUCGUCCUCGCUUGACUCCCCAACGCAUGACGUUCAGUCGGGACCGUUUGCCAUCAACACUAGCCUUACCUCACCGCCAGCCCUGCGUCGAACAAGCAGCAAUUCCAGUAUUGCAGCUCGCUCCUCGAACAUGUCUAUGACAGCUGGGGCUUCGAUGACGCCGGUAGAAUCGUCACCUGUGUCUCCGUCUCAGGAAGACGCUCGGAGAGCCGCGAACACUCUACUUAGUUAUCUGCAGAACAUGAGCUCCAAUAGUCAAGUUUUUCAAAAAAGUGACUACCAAGCCAUCAUUCAACUCACCAAAAAGCUAGAAAUCCACCAACAUCAGAGCAAUCGCCCAUCUGCCGGAGGAUUGUCAAGAAUACCAGAAGGUGAUGCCGAAAUGACUGCUUCUCCUGGCCCUGCGAUGAUGCAGGCAAGCUGA